AUGGAUAAUCAAUCAACAAUCUCUGAUUUUCUGCUCUUUGGCUUCUCAGAAAUACGAGAAAUACAGAUAUUAUACUUCUUAGCUUUCUUGGUAUUGUAUUUAGCAAUUCUGAUAGGGAACCUCAUCAUCAUCUUUGCAAUCAUUUUCAACCAUCAGCUGCAUACUCCCAUGUACCUCUUCCUGUUGAGCUUGGCUAUACAAGACCUUAUGAGUGCUUCAGUCAUUGUCCCUAAAUCCAUGGCCAAUAUUCUAAUGAAUACAAGACAUAUUUCCUAUCUGGGAUGUGUUUGUCAAGUUUUCUUUUUUGUUCUUUCUAUGGGAUCUGAUUUUUGGAUACUCCCAGUCAUGGCAUAUGAUCGCUAUGUUGCUAUUUGCAAUCCAUUGCAAUAUGAAAGAAUAAUGAACAAACAAGUCUGCAUUUACAUGAUUCUUGCUGUAUGGGUUAGUGGUCUUCUAAGUGCAUUGUUACAUACCUCUUUUACCUUUGCAGCCCCUUUGUGUUCCAACAUAAUCAAACAAUUCUUCUGUGAAAUCCCACAGCUACUUAAACUCACCUGUAAUGGUUUAAACCAAAAUGAAAUCAGACUAAUUAUAGUCAUUUGUGUAAUAGGCAUAGGUUGUUUUUUCUUCAUCAUUAUAACUUAUGUGUCAAUUUUCAGUGCUGUUCUGAAAAUUCGUUCUUUGGAAGGAAGAAAAAAAGCUGUCUCUACUUGCUUACCUCAUAUUAUUGUUGUUUCAAUUUUCCUAUUUUGUAUAUUUGUUGCUCAUCUGAGGCCUCCCUCUGGUUCACCAGAUUUAAUCACAACUCUAUUAUAUUCCAUUGCUCCACCUCUUUUGAAUCCUAUCAUUUAUAGUUUAAGAAAUAAGGACAUCAAGGUUGCCUUGUCAAAGCUAUUAAAUAUGUCAGAAUUAUCCAAGAAAAUAUCAAUUUGA